CAUAAUAUCAUAAUGCUUAUUAUUAUGUGUUAGUUGUGUAGACUGUGCUUCUUCUUCUAAAUGUGUUAGGCCCACAGGGCAUUUAAAAAAAAUAAAUGUAUUAAGACAUUUGAUUCAUGUGUAACAUACUACACCUUGAGUCUUAUGUUGUUGAUGAUCAGUAAUAGGAAAAAAAAUGGCUGAGUCCGUGUGUGAGUGUUGUCAAACAAUAAAAAUACACGGCAUGAUCUUCAAUGUUGUUGAACGUAUUCGAGAACAGAAUCCUCAAGACGUAGAAGAAGGCAAAUGUCUGGCUCACUGGAAAGCAAUGGACAAAAAGAUUUUAAAUAUUUCAUACCUGCAGGGAUAUAUUAGCGAUUUCUGCAAAGAUCCAAUGGAAAAUAAUGUGGAUUGGUUUUACUUGGCUUGUCGCGUGUUUACCAGGUGGGCCUUUGGUGUUCUGGGCCGAGGUGUCCGCAUCCAAAUUCCUGAGUGUGUCAUGAAAAGAAUAUCAGAGACAUUUCCUCUUUGACAAACUGGAUCUUGUUGAAACAGGACUUUUAGUUCCAAUGUCAUCUUUUUAAGAAAAAAUUAAUUUUACUAAUCGUUAAAUAAUAAUUUUUUCUUUUACCAACUUAUUAAAUGCACUGUACUCAUCGUAUGCAUCAAAAAUUUUUUUUUGUUUCAGAAAAUAAAAAUUAAAUUUUGUUUCA